AUGUUCUACGCCUGCCUAGCUGUCCUAAUCCUCUUCGGAAUCAUGUGCUUCUGUGUCACCAUCGCCAUCAUCGAUCUCGAGGCCUACAACUUCGGGCUCUACAUUGUCUUGUUGUGUAUUGUGGGUAAGGUGCUCUUAUGUUGUUGUAGAUGGUAUGGCUUUAGGUAACAAGAAUUAUAUGUUAGUGUAAAGAGGCUAAGGUUAAAUUAAGAAGCGGAAGAGAUCCCAGAAGUAACACUUAGAAAGGAGAUUAAGUUUUUUAACAGAUUUACAACUAUUUUUAAAGAUGAUGACAUUGCUUUAGGUACGAUGCUGGCUUGUGCCUUAUGUAUAGCAAAUCCGAAUGCCUGCCCCAAUCCUGUUUGGUACUCAAACUUUUGUCUAAUGUUACAAGUAAGAACAUUAUGUGUAAACAUAAGAAUACUGACGUACAGUAAAGUAAUAUUGCAAAGUAAAAUUUAUUUUUUUUUAAUUCAAAAAUUUUGAAAAUUUGAAAAAACUCUUUCAUAUGACCCUUGAUGUAUAUACUUUUCAUUCGUAGUUCAGACGAAAACCUUGAAUUUUUGUCCACGAAAAAUCUCUCAUAAUUUUGCGCGUUCUCUAGUUUUUCUCUAAUGCCGACGACAAUCAGACAAAAAGAGGGAACAUACAAAAUUAUGAGAGCUUUUUUCGUGGACAAGAAUUCAAGGUUUUCGUCUGAACUACGAAUGAAAAGUAUAUAAAUCAAGGGUUAUAUUAUUGUAAUAUACCUUAAAUUGAGUAUAUUUGGCCAAGCUCUGAUCAUUGAUACAAUCAUUUCAGGAAAUGUAUCCAGCCCCAGACGGUACCUCUAGUCCCAAAAUGACAGGUCUGAGGUCACGAAUGAUGGCAAUGCAGACAGCCAGUGCUACACAUCAUAGUACGACCGGCGAUGACGGCAAACUUCCUCUCAGGCAAGGCUUUUCACUUUUAACAGCUCUUAUAUUAUCAUUGCUAACAUUAUCAUAGUUCCUUUCAUUUAUCCAGUAUCAAACUAGUGCCUAGAUAAGUAUUAUAAUACCCAAAAAUAUGUUUUUCCAACAGCGAAAUGAGCACAACAGAGUGUUUACGACUAUAUUGUUUACAAAGUUUGCCCAAUUUCCUCAAAAAUAGAGAAUACUUUGAAUAAGAUACUUAGUACUUUUAUAGCUAUCUCAUAUUCUUUUCCUUGUUUGUUUUUAAAAUUCAAAGACUUUUGACACUGUGCAGAACAAUUCGGAGGAACUCUUCCUCCAGUAGCUUCCAAAUGCCUUCCGGCUGUCAAUAGUAACAUGAGAAUACAAUAUCACUCAUUAUCAUAGCGGAUAGUCAUUAUUUAUAUAGAUGUAUUUGUCCUUAUUAAACAAGGAGCCAAUUGCUUGUCAUCAUUUAUAUAAAUGCCAUAUCAAUAACAGCUUCUGUCUCACAUACUUCUAUGACUAAAACAAUGUCAUCAUCCUAAGGCUACCUUAACACAACCCAUUACCUAGUCUUAAACUAUAAUUUUCUUUCCAAAAUUACAAUGUUACAGGAAUGAGUCACGAGCUACUGUAGCCAUGUUGGCACCAGCUGUACAUAUCAUGCAUCAGGUAUGGAAAGGAAUGGCAUGGGUGGCAGAUGGCAUUGACGAGGAGGAAGAAGACCCUACACGAAGCUACGACAACUUGGAAGUCGGACAAUCGAGUGAUUCCGAUGCCAUCACGAUGAAGAGGCUGUCUACUGUAAUCGAGCACGAUCCGGUAAGACAAUAUUGUUAUACAUGUAUGAUUAUAUAUUGUUGAACAAUAUAUGAUUGUAUAUUGUUAUUUGUACAAUAUAUGAAUGUGUAUAUACGACAAAGUAAUAUAGUAAUAUAAACAGUAAUUUGACUACAUUUCAGGAAGGCAGUGACUUCGCUUCGUGUCACGACGUCAUGGUAUGA